AUGAAUGUGACGCUCGCGGUGAAGCAGUACAUCUCCAAGAUGAUCGAGAUCAGCGGGCCCGGGAUGAAGGUGCUGCUCAUGGACAAGGAGACGACCAGUAUAGUGAGCGUGGUGUACACUCAGUCUGAGAUCCUGCAGAAGGAGGUUUACCUGUUUGAGCGGAUUGACUCUCAGAACAGGGAUAACAUGAAGCACCUUAAAGCCAUCUGCUUCUUGCGGCCCACCAAGGAGAAUGUGGAGCACCUGAUCCAGGAGCUGAGGAGGCCCAAGUACAGCGUCUACUUCAUCUACUUUAGCAACGUGAUCAGUAAGAGUGAGAUCAAGGCCUUGGCUGAGGCUGAUGAACAGGAAGUGGUGGCUGAAGUCCAGGAGUUCUACGGAGACUUCAUCGCUGUGAAUCCUCACCUGUUCUCUCUGAACCUGCAGGGAGUCACUCGGGGGCGGAGCUGGGAACCCUCUAUGUUGGCACGCUGCACUCAGGGACUGACCUCCGUCCUGCUUGCUCUGAAGAAAUGUCCGAUGAUCCGCUACCAGUUGUCCUCAGACAUGUCCAAGCGGCUCGCGGAGAGCGUCAAGCAAAUCAUCACGAAGGAGUACGAGCUGUUUGACUUCAGGAAGACUGAAGUUCCUCCUCUGCUGCUUAUCCUGGACCGCAGCGACGAUGCCAUCACGCCGUUGCUCAAUCAGUGGACAUACCAGGCGAUGGUCCACGAGCUGCUGGGCCUCAACAACAACAGGAUCGACCUGUCCAGAGUGCCCGGGAUCAGCAAAGACCUGAGAGAGGUGGUCCUGUCAGCUGAGAAUGACGAGUUCUACGCCAACAACCUGUACCUGAACUUUGGAGAGAUUGGCACCAAUAUAAAGAACCUGAUGGAGGAUUUCCAAAAGAAAAAGCCAAAAGGACAACAGAAGCUGGAGUCCAUCUCAGACAUGAAGGCAUUUGUAGAUAACUACCCCCAGUUUAAGAAGAUGUCGGGGACCGUGUCCAAACAUGUGACGGUGGUGGGCGAGCUGUCCCGACUAGUGUCGGAGCGGCAGCUGAUGGAGGUGUCGGAGGUGGAGCAGGAGUUGGCCUGUCAGAAUGACCACUCGAGCGCUCAGCAGAAUGUGCGGCGACUGCUGCAAAAUCCACGCGUGUCUGAGCUGGAUGCCGUGCGCCUCGUCAUGCUCUACGCUCUGAGGUACGAGCGCCACAGCAGCAGCAUCCUGUCAUCUCUGAUGGACGAGCUGAGCAGAAGAGGAGUGUCUGAGCGUCACCGCAGGAUGGUUCAGGCUGCGGUGGAGUACGGUGGGAAGAGAAUCAGAGGAAGUGACCUCAUCACACCCACAGACGCGGUCUCCAUCACCAAACAGUUUUUCAAAGGACUAAAGUUUUCUGGAGGAAGUGAUGUCGGCGACAGGUCCCAGCAGCAGCAGCAGCCGAGCACACGGAGGUGGUUUCCAUAG